GCAAAACUGAGAGCCGGUGGAGCCUCGCAAAGGCGCCCGUAUGGCGGGGUCCGGGCUGCCUCGCAUGGGUAGAGAGGCUUGAUUGUACUCCAGACAUACCCUGGUACCGGGGGGGCAGCGCGGCGGCGCGCGCGGGCCACCAAUAUGAUAAAAAGGCGGCGCUGGCUGCUGCUGGGCUGCGCCGCGCGCGGCGCGGCCCAGUUCGCCGACACGCGCGUCUUCGAGUUGGGUUCCUCAUCCAAGACGAACAUGCUCGCCGAUGCGGUGGUGCGGGACGAGGCCGCGGGCUGCCUCGAGUCGCCCGGGAUUAGUCGGAGGUACGGCGACCGCUGCGUCGCCCAGGAGGCCGACGCCGUGGAGACCUGUUUGAAACUCUCCAACUGCCUCGCGUUCACGUGUCUGCCUUCCGUAUCCUUCCGGGACCUGCCGGACAAGAUUGGGAUCGACGACGAGGGCCUGCCGAUCGGCGCGCAAGCGGCGACCAUCAAACUCUGGGACGCCGCGAAGCGAGGCAACGCCGGCGAAGUAUCAUCCAGCUUAAAGCAGGGCGCCGACAUUGACGCGAAGGACGCGCGGCAAGGGCGCACCGCGCUCAUGUACGCCUGCGCCUCUGAAUCGUUACCGACGGUGCGAGCGUUGUUGGAAGCUGGCGCCUCGACAAGACCGACGGACAAGAAGGGCCUGACGGCCUUGGACUUCGCGGUGAACAACUACGACCUGAACGGCGUCGGCUCCGCCCCGCCGAACACAAAUAAAAGAAUAAACCGCCAGCCGCGCCAGGACGCCGUGCGCCACGCCAUCCGCAACGCUCUCGUAAAGCAGGCUACCGCCGAGCAGGCGGCCCAGGACUCCUUUGAGAAACCUACAGUUUAUGGGUCCUCUGAAGAAUUGGCCGCGUUGUCGCGGUCCGUGAAUGCCGAGGAUCCACAAAUGAAACGGUCCGCCGCGCGGUCCGCCGCUUUGCUACACGACGGCAUCGACGGGCGGCUCUGCGUGUUUCAUAGUUCGCACGUCGAGUUGCAAGCGCGCGACGAGGGCCACGAGUUGUGUGAUGCGAACGGUACUGAGGUGAAGGCAGUGCAUCGCAACCGCCGGGCCACCCCGUCACGCGAAUGCGACCGCUUCCUUUUUUCCAUCAAGACGGUGCGCGACGUCUUGGACCUGCGACGGCUGCCGGGCGUCGCCCAGCGCGCCAUUUUGAACGCGGCGAAAGAGAAGCGCACCGCGCUGAUCUACGACGCUCCUUUAGGUGUUGUCGAGUGGCAGCGGCGGUUGAGGGACGUGGCCCGCGGGCAACUGCGGCACCCGAUCACCGGCAAAAGUCGUCGAUUAGCCGUGCUGGACGGGAGCGCCCUCCAGACCUGCGCGCCCCGCUGCCCCGCGAAGCCCCUCACGGACGCGCGCAAGACCUGGGCGCGGACGUCCUCCGUCUUCCGAGACGCGACGAAAUCCUUUACCGUGGGCCACAAGGCCAACGAGACCGCCGCGUCGAGCGUCGCGGCGGGCGUCGCGGGCGUCGGCGACGCCGACUGGCUGGAGAACCUCGGAGGCAACAUGGCCGACGAGCGCGCGCGGCCGUCGGCGGACUACGUGGCGAGCACGUUGGAGCUCGGCGACCCGCUCGUCGGGGCGUUCCCGUGGGAAUCAUAAUAGUUUUGUUUUAA